AUGCUGUAUCUCCAUGGCAGUGCCAACGCCCUAAACCUUAGGCCUCAUCACAUCAAGAACAUCCGAGUCGCCGAAACUGAUGAUGUCAACCAUUUUCGCCAGAUACGGGUUAUGGAUGUGUCGGAGAACUUGGUUGAAGACUAUCUUCCUACCGACUAUGAUCAUGAUGAGGCGCAGCUUGAGCUAGACCCUUUGUUUGGAGUCCAGAUUGAGGAUAAGUACGAGGCUUAA